CUCAAAAAUUCAACCAUUCUCAAUUUCUCGUCUCCGAUCUUAUCUCACAGCGUAGCUGAGUGGAGCCCCAAUUUCCACCCACCACCAUGGCGAUGGCUUUCAAGAUGGCGACGAUGGGGAUGAGAGUGACGGACGAGUGCAAAAAUUCGUUCAUGGAGAUGAAGUGGAAGAAGGUGUCCAGGUACAUAGUGUUUAAGAUAGACGAAGGCUCCAAGCGCCUCACGGUGGACAAGGUCGGCGCCGCCGGCGAAGGUUACGAUGAGAUGGCCGCCGCCUUGCCAAACGACGACUGCCGCUACGCCGUCUUCGAUUUCGACUUCGUCACCGUCGACAACUGUCGUAAGAGCAAGAUCUUCUUCAUCGCCUGGGCCCCAACAGCAUCGCGAAUAAGAGCAAAAAUAUUGUACGCAACAUCAAAAGAUGGAUUGAGGAGAGCACUAGAUGGAAUCCAUUAUGAAUUGCAAGCCACCGAUCCAACUGAGAUGGGAUUCGAUAUCAUUAAGGAGCGAGUCAAAUAGUUUGAUCACUCCAUCAUUUUCAUAAUUAUCUUUAAUCAAAUCAUGGUUGGGAAUAAUAUAUAAUCCAAUUAAUUAAAUAAUCACCACUUAGUUAGAAUCUAUGCUUUCUUCUUGUUAGUGUGUCCCAUCCUCACCUUUUUACAGCAUGUGGUGCUAACUGCAUUGUUACUCUCUCUAAUCAGAAAUCUUAGUGAGUAAUUAUUUUUGCUUAACAAUCACUAUUGUGCAGCGUUUGACAGCUAAGCACCUUUUUUUAA